AGGCACCUGAUUUUGUAGUUUGUUACAAAGAAAUGUGCCAUUAACAGUGUUGUAAGUCAGUGCUGGUGUAGGUCUUGUGUCCACUGUUCCAUUGCUCAUUCAAAAAUAUCAAAAUAUCUGAUAUGUCAUUGUCAGAUUUUAGUAUUCAAAAAUCCAGUACCAGUGGGGCUGUAAUGUGUGGGUGCACCUUGGGUGGGUGUAUCUUUGAAAUGACUGUCAGUUGAAAACUUUUAAAGUUGAACAGUUUAUGUUUAUUGUAGAUGUUUGUGUUAUCCACUGUCAUAUAUUAAGUGUCACCAUUAGAAACCUAUUUCCCUGAGGUAAAUGGUUGGGUUAAACAAAUUUUUAACCUAUUUUAAGCCUAACAUGCUCAUGACAUAAAGGGGCAGUAGGUACAAUAAGUCUCAUUCUGUUAAAUAGGCAAGUAACUGCAUAUAAAAGCAAAAGUAUCUGCUGCAUUAGAUACCACAAGAGACUUUUGUAAUUUGGAUGAACUGAUGCUUUAAGAUUCCCACACAAACACCCAUAGUUACUGUAAUCAAGUACAGAGUGAUGUCACAGUACAAAUAGGAACUUUCAUGGACGUAAUAUUGGAGCCAGAUAACUACAAAAACUGCAGAAAUGACGUCUGCAAACAUUGCUGUGUAAGUCUAUUAUGGGAUUUGGAUGCGCAUACAUACACACACAUAGGUGAAAUGGUGUGUGUUUGCAUCAGUCACAUGGACUGUCACUCAGCCCUCACACACCAGGCCUAUUGUCAGAGCAUCAGUUGAAGAGCUGACGUCUGGUGCUAGGAGGGAAGAGGACUGGGCACGGGGCAUUAGCAAGAAGGACUGGGAUAGCGACACCAAGGCUACAAAACCUCAACAUCAAAAUGAGUGUUAAUACUGUGAGGUUUGCUGUGCUUGUGCUUGGAUGGUCUCUGACACUCUCCUCUGCCACCCAAUUGGGUCUGAGCGACAAAGUCCUGGUCUUCCCUUUUGAAACGGACUUCAGCUUUGUGGCCCUGAUCCCGCAGAAGGAGAUGGGGUUGAGGGCCUUCACUCUCUGCAUGCGCGUGGCCACAGAGCUGCCGGAAGAACGGCAGAUCAUCCUGUUCGCCUACCGCACAGCUGACUACGACGAACUCAACGUAUGGCGUGAGAAGGACGGACGCAUCUCCUUCUACAUGAGCGGUGACGGGGCCUCCUUUCACCUGCCGCCCCUCUCCACCUUCCGCACCAGCCUCUGCCUGACCUGGGAGUCUCGCACUGGCCUCGCUGCUUUUUGGGUGGAAGGGAAACGCAGCACCUACCAGGUCUACAAACCCGGGCACACCAUCCGUCCAAAAGGCACCGUCCUGCUGGGGCAGGACCCAGACAAACACCUGGGGGGUUUAGAGGCCGUGCAGAGCUUUGUCGGGGAGGUGACUGAUCUGAAUAUGUGGGACUUUGUGCUUUCCAGGAGCAUGAUCCAGGCCUGGCACUAUGGGCACAAGGUCCCCAAGGGCAAUAUCUUUGACUGGGCUACUAUUGAGUAUGAGCUGAAUGGGAACGUGAUGGUGGUGGAUGAUGACUGACUCGGUGUGGAGUCAAAUGCAGAGAGGGAUGCGGCUUUAGAGAUCUGUGUAGGACUGAUACUGAUUUGUGUGAUUGUCUUUCUUAGAUUCAGUGUUGUUUUAUGUUAGGGCCCUUCCACCGAUCUUCCAUCAAGUCCACGAGUCUCUGUUUUAAUGUUGCAUGAAGAGACUCUUGAUGAUUGGGUCAAGAGAAUAAAAGGGACCAGUGUUUUUAAGGGUUUUCAGUAUGCUGGUUUAAUAUCCUCCAGUAUGUAACCUGUAACUAAAUUCAGCAGCAAAAUGCACAGGCAACAAAAGCUAAUACAUUGUGGUGCUCAGAAGUCUUAAGGUUGUUUUACAUCACUAACUCUUUAUGCAUCACUCAAACCUUUUGCUCAGUUGCUGUGAGUAACAAACCGGUAAAUAUCAGGCACCAAAUGUUGAUGUGCCAGAUGUAUCCAUAGGGUGGCACUCUCUACUAGUUCACAUCAAACAGACAGUCCUGUGGACCGAAGCAUCAUCACGCAUUCAUCCAGUAAUUUGAUUUGGCAUGGUUAUGCUUAUGGGGGUCGUUAACGAGGCCAACAAUAAUUGAUUGAAAUGUUUAGAAAAAGAAAGGUGUUGCUACCAUCCAGAUCAAUUUAAAUAUGUUGUUUUAUAUGCAGGUGGACAUUUAGCAAAUAAAAAUAACUAAGACAUCUGCUCACAUUACCAUGAUGCUAUAAUGUAUUUAAGAGCAAAUUUCAACAGCUGACAACUGCGAUGCAAUUAUAACUAAAACUAAAAUGAUCUUAAGCUUUUUUGGGCAGAAUGUAACAUAUUAUAACAAUGACUACUACUGUGACUAUGCAGUUAGUAACCUACGUAUUUGUUUGUCCAAUGAUAUUGAUGAUAAAAAUGCAAAGGAGAUAUUAAAACAGCAAACUGGGAGAUGAAUAGUUUCUGUGUGGACUUAAAUGAUUUAACUGCACUCAGAGACAAAUAGCAGUUAUCAUGUUUAAUAUCCAUUGCCAUAAUGUUGCCUUAGGUAAGCGUACUCACUCAUGAAUUUUCCAUGUUUCAACUGAUGUAAGAAUGCUUUUGGGUCUGAAAUAAAAUCUUGCCAUGUGCAUAACUAA